AAAAAGACACCUAACUUAGAAGGAUAUUUCUUUAAGACAGGCAAUUUCAUGAUUUGUGGCUCCCAGAUGCGCACACAUCAUGGAGCGUUUAAAAAUGUGUCUGUGUAAAAGUGAGCUCAGUAAUACGACAGUGUGGCUGAGCGCAAACGGCAAAGAUAUCUGUCAACGCCGCAGAAUUCGUGGAAUCCGAUUACAAUGUUGCACGCAAGGAGUGGAAGGCUGACUGAGAUGACAGGCAGGGGUGGGAACGAGUCAAGCGAGAACGACAGAGUUGCACACGCUCCACAGACGGUGAGUUGAACGAGACAACAAUGACGGAAAAAUGCACCGGCUGCACGAUUCUCUACUAUGGCUUUUUGUUUAAGGUCAACAUGAGCUGUGGAACAAGGCAGCAUACGGACAGAAAACAAACCGUGUCAUCGUGAGGGACUUCCCCCCAGAAGUUAUCGUCGGAUGUCUUUCCUGUCAACCAUUUGGUCCUCGAGAUCAGCACCUGAUUGGACUGAUGGGUGACAUAAGACGGGAUCAAUAGCUGAAUGACUUAACAUUUUAUCACAGAGGCCACAGCCAUGCCGGGCUCUCAGGAGGCUAGUCUGGACAAAAAUGUUGUGUUCCUCCCGGUGGAGCCAUCUUCCCCCAAGUUCCUCUACUCUGAACUGGAGCGCCAGUCAGUGGAGAAACUCCUGUGCGAGGGUCCCAAAGCCUUCUACAAGUCUGUUGGUCCAGGGCUCUUCGCCUCCUUCUUGUCUCCAGAUGAGGUGGGUGAGAUCACCAGCUGGGUUCAGGACUUUCAUUUUACACCCCUGCAAAGAGAGGAGAAUGAAGGGAAAGCCAACCUGGACACGGCAGACCUCUCAUCUUCCUACUUCCCUUCGUACUCUGAUGUGCCGGCGCCGAAAUUGGAGCUGGGCUGGCCCGAAGCACCUUGGGUACGCAUGGAAAAUGUUGCAGUCUACACAAAUCCCCCUUCAGAUGGAGAACCUUCCAUCAGGGAGGUCAUCCGAUGGCAUCUGCAAAAGGCUAGCCAAGUACUUGCCAUUGUAACUGACCGGCUGACAGACAGCACUAUAAUUGCGGAUUUACAUGACGCAGCCUCCAGGGGUGUCGCGGUUUACAUCAUCCUCAACCAAAGAACCGUUGAGGAGAAGUACACACUCCACAGGCUGGGACAUGCGAAUAUUCGGGUUCGUCUUCUUGGAGGCAAAAGCUUUUGUUCGAGGAAAGGAAAGAUGAUGGUUGGGGAGUUGAAAGACAAAUUUAUUCUGGUGGAUUUGGAGACAGUAAUUCAUGGCAGCUACAGUCUCACAUGGACUGAUGCUCAUUUACACCGGCAACUGAUUACUGUUGUCAGCGGCUCGGCUGUUGACAGCUUCGAUAAAGAGUUCCGGACCCUCUUUGCCGCAUCCGCCCCGGUUCCUAACAUGUGUGAGUACUCUGUUCCCCACGUAGAAAUGGCUAAGCAACAAAAAGAAUUCACUGAUCCUAGCCCCCCAAGAGACUUCCACAUGAAACACGAGAUCCUCAACCCUCCUUCUCCACCAAUGGACAUCCACUUGGACUGGGAAGCCAUGGGCGUCAUACCCAGAGAGAGCCUACCGGAUAGUCCUUUUGAAGAACAGCAAACUGUGGCAAAGGAAACAGCCCUGCUGACUGAUAUGCAGUUUGAUAAAAUGAUACCCGUUACAGAUACUUUUACUCAGAAUGGAUACGAGCCUGUGACUACGACAAGUUGGGCUAACUCUCAAACAGAACAAACAGCAUCCCGCCAGUCCUCCAAAGAGAAGAGAAACAACGCGGACGACAGAACGUCAGCAUGGCGCGCUAACAGAGAAAGAGACUCGAGGCAAAACGUGUUUUUAUUUUCUUCGAUGAGGGAAAACCGACGUGCAAAGCUGGAUCCCAGCGAGAGAGAGGAGAGUGACAUGGACGACAUCAGUUCAAGCAUCGAGAAUAAAGUUGCCUCGAGAAAGCCCUUAAUAUUGAGGGUGCCCCAGUCGGAGAGCUUCAACUCACUGAACGAUCUCAUGAAGAGGUUGACGUCACAGCAGAACAAAGGGGAACUCUUCAGGAGAGGCUCAAGGACCAACAUGCCCGAGAUGUCCCAGUCCAUGAUGGACCUUCGGGCAGAUGCACCCAAUACAGACCAAACUCCAGAUGAGAGAAGACUCUCAGUACCGAGGCUCAAUUCCAACUGUUAUGACCCGGACCAAAUGACACCGGGCUUAAUCCUGAUGAAGAGGAGGAACGAUGUGAUCAAGUCGGCCCUCCAAAGAAUUCCGAAGGCCUUUCAGCCCAGAGCGCGACCUCGCAGCUUCGGUCUGGAUUUGAACUGGAAGCCUCUAAGGGAAACAAAAGGGGAAGAAGAAUGAGCUGCCGCAUAGAAUAACAAAGUUCUAUGUCUUGAAAGAAACUGAAAACCUCUUUUACCUCUGUAGUAUUAAACGCCCAAACGAGAAAAAGGGCUGACUCAAAUCCAAAAAGUGUGUCAAGUUUAUUGUGAAUCUUGUGAUUAUUUAGAGCAGCAUGGUGGACUAUUCAUGAGCAUGUCUCCCUCUCUGUAUUCUGUUUUACUUUGAGUCCCUCCAUCUUUCUAAUUGUUUCCCCACCUGCUCGCUGCUUUCACUGCAGAUCACAAUAUCAUCUGCGAACAUCAUGGUCCAAGGGGAAUCCAGUCUAACCUCAUGUGUCAGCCUGUCCAUUCCUCCUGCAAACAGGAAGGGGCUCAGGGCGAAUCCCUGAUGCAGUCCCACCUCCACCUUAAAUUUCUCUGUCACACGUAAGGCACACCUCACCAUUGUUCUGCUGCCAUCAUACAUGUCCUGUACUAUUUUAACAUACUUCUAUGCCACACCAGACUUACGCAUGCAGUACCACAGUUCCUCUCUUGGUACUUGGGCGUAGGCUUUCUCGAGGUCUACAAAGACACAUUGUAGCUCCUUCUGACCUUCUCGGUACUUUUCCGCGAGCAUCCUCAAAGCAAAUAACCCAUCUGUGGUACUCUUUCUAGGCCUUCCUGUUUGGAAUUUUCAUUUUCUGCCUGUGAUUGUGUGGGUUUUCCCCUCCACAGUCCCAAAACAUGGAUGUUAGGUUAAUUGAAGACUAUAAAUUUUCCGCCGGUACGAAUGGUUGUUGUUAUAUGUAUCCAGUUCAGGAUAUACGGGGGCUUCUCCCACCCAAAAUCAGAUGGGAUAGGCGCCAGCUCACCUGUGAACCUACGGCAGAGAACUGCUUUAGUUUUGUUUCUUUUAUGACUGUAAAAGGUCAAAUAUUGAUGAAUGAUUCUGGUUUUUUUUGUGUGUAUAACUGUAUUUUAACAAUGUGAAAUUUGUGAGUCCUAUUUGUGUA